AUGGCAUCGCAGUCCCAAGUAGGGUCGUAUUCGAACCCGUUGAAGAAGUUCAAGCUGGUGUUUCUCGGUGAACAGAGUGUCGGAAAGACGUCAUUGAUUACGAGGUUCAUGUACGAUUCAUUCGACAACACGUACCAAGCAACUAUAGGGAUUGAUUUCCUCUCCAAGACAAUGUACCUAGAAGACCGAACAGUUCGCCUCCAGCUCUGGGACACCGCCGGCCAAGAACGAUUCCGCUCCCUGAUACCUUCUUAUAUCCAAAACUCCAACGUUGCGGUAGUGGUAUACGACAUCUCAAACGCCAAAUCCUUCCAAAACACACGGAAAUGGGUAGACGACGUGCGUGACGAGCGAGGGAACGACGUCAUCAUUGCCCUUGUCGGCAACAAGACGGAUUUGAACGAUAAGAGAGAGGUGACGACAGAGCAAGGGGAGGAAGAGGCGAAGAAGAACGGACUGAUGUUCAUCGAGACGAGUGCUAAGCUCGGACACAACGUUAAGAACCUCUUCAAGAAGAUAGCUCAGGCUCUUCCGGGUAUGGAAGGCGAGGCUACCAACAGCGAUAACCAGAUGAUUGACGUCAGCAUCAACCCGACCAAGCCUUCGUUUCUUUACGUCAUGAGCCUGCAGACAGGCGCCACGCUCAUAACACUAUCUAUGCUGCUUAACAAGCUGAUCGGGCUCUACGGGCUACUCUCCAUCCUGACCGGGUUCAGUCUGUCGCCGGUGCAGCUGUCGAUGUACAUAUAUUCCAUGCUCGCCUUGGGGCUGACCAUCUUCCUCACGCCAUACAUCAAGAAACAGGCGCCGCUGCAGUGUCUGGCACUGGCAUGGUUCUAUCUCAUUGACAGUGUUGUCAACGCAGCUUACACUGCCGGGUUUGCGGUAACAUGGUUCCAGAUGAUAUCUGAGCCGUCUGCUGCGUCGGACAGCCCAGGAAGUUCGACCAUGGCUGGCUCGGCUGGGUUUACGGGUCGACAGCAACGCCGAUAUCAAGUCUCGCCAGACACGAUGGGAUUCGAUGCAGAGGGUGUGGCGGUAUCUCACGGAGUCGGUGGUAGAAGGACAUCGGCCCUGGAGGAUGGAAUGCUGCAGCCAGAGAGCCUACCAAGUCUGGCCAUCAUCUGCGUCCUGUGGACGGUCAGGCUAUACUUUGUCCUGAUCAUGAUGGCCUUUGCCCGGCAGUGUUUGAAACUUCACUCUUUCCACCGCAGGAACCAACCGGUCGAAUCCCGCCAUGGCUCCAUCUCCCACAGCCGCAACACAUCAACGGUCAGCAAUAUCGACUUCGAACCGAACCCGUUCACACCAGACUCCCCCGAUGGCCAGGGAUGGAAAGGGAAACUAGGUCGUGCCAUGGUCUCGGUUGGGAGAGGCUACUGGUUCGAUAAAAACGAGGACGAUAGCUGGAUGUUUGGGCUGAACAGGAGAUUCAGCUCGAGUUAUAGGAUAGUGCCGACUGAGAGCACUGGGCCGGUCGAGAGGGAACGGCGUCGACGGUCUGGAACCGGCCCGCCAGCACCGGCUCCAAGUGUGCUACAGGCAAUCGUCGUGCCUCAGACGCCUACGCAGCAGUCUCACUCUACUCCCCAGUCGCCAUCGACAUACCGACCCAACUCGGUCCCGCCGUUGAAGAUGUAUCAACCGCCCGAGGAGAGGGAGUUCUGA